ACGUCCAAUUAUAUGAUAUACCCAAAGGUAAGGACGACGGUAUCACUGCACAGGAAUUGUGAUGGCAUUCACUUGGUAGCAUACAUUCAAGCUCCUCUCCGAACGAGACACCUCAAGUAUCUCUGAAUUUUUGUCCUUUUUUCCCGUACCCAUCAAGCCAGGAACAUCUUAGCUACUGCUACCCUGACUCUAUCAACCCUCGCCUAUCCCAACAGGUCACAUAUCACACUGCUUCGAAAACUUCAUCAUGCCAAAUAUCGUCGUAGUCGGGUCCGUUUUCAUCUUCUCAUCCACUUACCUACCCAGGCAAUGCCAGCUAACGAUUUUCCCAGCGCCGGCGUCACUGGUCUAACAACGACCCUCUUACUAUCCAAAAAGCCAGGUUACCAUGUGACCGUCAUCGCCAAACAUAUGCCCGGAGAUUAUGAUAUUGAAUAUACGUCGCCCUGGGCCGGAGCAAACUGGUUGCCGUAAGUAAUCAUGAACGACGUAAAGUCAUCCACUGAUCGAUGGUUCGCAGUAUGGCCGAUGCUGCUGGAAGUAAAUGGGAGAAGACGACAUGGCCUGAACUGGCUCGACUUGCUAAGGACGUCCCGGAAGCUGGAAUUCAUUUUCAAAGUAGGUAUUGUUCAGUUUCACGGGUUAUUCUUGCUAGCAAAGUCGUCUUUGGUUCAAACUAAAAUGGCCAAAGUCAAGUGACUGAACCUACCCACCUGCUACCUGCCAUGUGUAGCAUGAUUCUGUUAUCAGACCAAACAAUCACCGUAGUACGGAAUUCCUUCUCAGUUUGCCUGUCUUACUCAAAAGUCUUCCUCCCUUUCUCCUCAAACAUGAUUGCAAGUAUGCCCUGUCUACAUGUCUUGAUUUGUACCAUGGCAACAAGCAUCUUACUGCUGUAUUCGAAUUUUUGAUCCAGGUCUAUGUCUUUUCUCCUACAAUUCAUUUUUAAAUCAUCCUAUUUCUUCCACACCAGUAGCCCUACUUUCACGUCUGUCGUCGAGAUAUUCCCAACUGACAUAGCACAGACACUGUAAUUUAUAAUCGUGAAAAAGAUUCCAACACAGCCACCGGCCUCUGGCUCAAAACCCUAACCUCCACCGAACCAUGGUUCAAAAAUGUCGUCUCUGACUUUCGAAUCGUCCCUGCAAAAGACAUCCCUACAUUUGCAGACUCUGCAACAGCCUUCACAUCACUCUGCAUCAACACCGCCAUAUACCUCCCAUACCUAGUCUCCCAAUGUCUUGCCAACGGAGCAACAUUUACACGUAAAACCAUCUCCCACAUCUCCGAGGCUGCUUCCCUUCAUCAUAGCGGUCAAAAGGCUGAUGUGAUUGUGAAUUGUACCGGUCUACUUGCGUCGAAAUUAGGAGGAGUGAUGGAUGCAGAGGUUAUCCCCGUCCGUGGUCAAAUUGUGGUAGUCCGCAACGACCCAGGCGUUAUGCUAACCAUCUCCGGCACCGAUGAUGGUGAAGACGAACUCACAUAUAUUAUGAAGCGUGCAGCAGGUGGUGGAACCAUCCUUGGCGGUACCUAUCAAAAGGGAAAGUCGGAUUCCAAUCCGGAUCCAAAUACCGCAUUGCAAAUCAUGCGACGAGCUGUGGAACUGUGUCCCGCUCUCACGAAUGGAAAGGGAAUCGACGCUUUGGAUGUUGUUAGACAUGGUGUUGGUUUGAGACCUUAUCGAAAUGGGGGUGUGAGACUUGAGAAGGAGAUGAUUGAGGGAUGCUGGGUGGUUCAUAAUUAUGGACAUGGAGGUUAUGGAUAUCAAUCCUCUUAUGGGUACUCGGAUGAUGCUACUGCGUUGGUGGAUGAGGUUCUAGCACCCAAGGCUAAGUUGUAGGUUUGCGAAAAUCUGAUGACACUUUCAAUUUUCCUAGGAAGACUUUCUAUACCUCCAUGUUACUUUACUGUAAGAUAUUGAUUACAUGGAAUCGAACCAGCCACUUUUUU